AUGCCACCACCAUCAGCGAUCUCACAUGUACUCGAACUGUGUCUCUACGUCAAGGACAUCCAAAAAUCCAACACCUUCUACACCUCCAUCCUCGGCCUACAACCCGAAGAACUCAAACCCGCAAUCCUCAAAGAACGCAUGUCCGUCUUCCCCGUCGGAAAUACCACAAUUCUCCUCUUCACCCUAGGCCAAACAAACGAAGACGUAUAUCCCAUUCCCUCACAACCAGAUCUCUGCGUACCAAAACACGGCCCCGAAGAGAAAGUCAUGAAAGCUUUAGUCGAAGGCGGAGAACAGCUUCGACAACAUUAUUGUCUCGCAGUAGAAACCAAAGCUGAAGCAUUACAAUGGGAGAAAUAUUUGAAGGAAAAAGGUGUAGAAUGUCACGGGAAGAUGGAAUGGCCACGGGGAGGCUAUAGCGUGUAUUUCCUUGAUCCAGAUGGACAUGUUGGUGAGAUUGCGAGUCGUGGGAUUUGGGCGCAUUGGUAA